AUGAGGAGCAGCCUGACCCUGGUGGGGACCCUCUGGGCCUUUCUGUCCCUUGUUACCGCCGUGGCCAGUUCUGCCAGUUACUUCCUGCCUUAUUGGCUCUUUGGAUCUCAGCUGGGGAAGCCAGUGUCAUUCAGCACAUUCCGGAGGUGCAAUUACCCUGUGAGGGGAGAGGGGCAGAGUCUGAUCAUGGUUGAAGAGUGUGGGCGCUAUGCCAGCUUCAGUGCCAUCCCCAGCCUGGCCUGGCAGAUGUGCACGGUGGUGACAGGUGCUGGCUGUGCUCUGCUGCUCCUGGUGGCACUGGCUGCUGUCCUGGGCUGCUGCAUGGAAGAACUCAUCUCCAGAAUGAUGGGACGUUGCAUGGGAGCUGCACAGUUCGUGGGAGGACUGCUGAUAAGCUCAGGCUGUGCAUUAUACCCCUUAGGAUGGAAUAGCCCGGAGAUAAUGCAAACGUGUGGGAAUGUCUCCAAUCAAUUUCAGUUAGGUACCUGUCAGCUUGGCUGGGCCUAUUACUGUGCUGGAGGUGGCGCAGCUGCAGCCAUGUUGAUUUGCACCUGGCUCUCUUGCUUUGCUGGAAGAAACCCCAAGCCUGUCAUGUUGGUGGAAAGCAUCAUGAAGAACACCAAUUCUUAUACCAUGGAGUUUGACCACUGCCUCAAACCUUGAGAUUUGGCAGAAUUGGAGAGGGUGGGAAAGAGGAGGGAAGGGAGCCUUGAAAAGAAGUACUAAGACGAGGCCAGUUGCUACCCACUUGCCAGUCAUAUAACCCAGUGUUUGUAUGCUUUUUAACUCAUCAUUCAUUUUCACUUUGCCUUAAACCAGUGGGUCAGUGUCUAUUUACAAAAUUCACCAAGGACAAUAAUUCUAUCAAAUGUUUAUCUAGCUGGCGAGUACCCACUAGCCUCCAAGUCCCAAAGUGCCCUUUCAUACAAAAUAAUAAGAAAGAUCCUCAGUUGAAAGCUGUACAGUCAAGCAGUUCUUCAGAAUGCUGCAUCUCCUGUCACUUACCCCAAAGCUUAAAGGUUGGGUAAAA